UACAUCGCUGCGCCGUCAUUCCUUCUCCGGUCCUUCCGAUCCCUUCGCCCGCUAAGUUUGGCCAAAGCAAUGGUGCGUUAGGUUGCCCCCACCUUUCCGGCGACAUCGAUCCGCAUCUCCCUCGGCUCGCUUCAACUUUGGGGAUUGCCUUGUGUGUGCGUGCGUGCGUGCGUGCGGGCGCGCGUCUCGCGGAUUGCCUUGGCGCGCGUCAAGAAGCCGACGGAGACGACGUGGAGGAGAGAGAGGGGCACGGAGGGGCAGACUCGGGAGAAGCCUCCAUGUUUCAGCUGCCUAUCUUGAAUUUCAGCCCCCAGCAGGUCGCCGGGGUGUGCGAGACUCUGGAGGAGAGCGGCGACGUGGGCCGCCUCGGCCGCUUCCUGUGGUCGUUGCCCGUCGCCCCGGCGGCCUGCGAGGUGCUCAACAAGAACGAGUCGGUGCUGCGAGCCCGGGCCGUGGUCGCCUUCCACACGGGCAAUUUUCGCGAACUCUACCAUAUCCUGGAGAACAACAAGUUCACCAAAGAGUCGCACAGCAAGCUGCAGGCGCUGUGGCUGGAAGCGCACUACCAGGAGGCCGAGAAGCUGCGCGGACGCCCGCUGGGGCCGGUGGACAAAUACAGGGUGCGGAAGAAGUUCCCGCUGCCUAGAACCAUUUGGGAUGGCGAGCAGAAAACCCACUGCUUCAAGGAGAGGACCCGGCAUUUGUUACGAGAAUGGUACUUGCAGGACCCCUAUCCGAAUCCCAGUAAAAAACGGGAGCUUGCACAGGCUACCGGACUUACACCCACACAAGUAGGAAACUGGUUCAAAAACCGAAGACAAAGAGACAGAGCUGCGGCUGCCAAAAACAGGCUUCAACAGCAGGUCUUGUCCGGGGGCUCUGUUCGCUCCCUGGCCGACGAGGACGGCACCGUGGACCGUCUGGGCAACGCUUCCAGUCCGGAGGCAACCCUGUCCAGCAAAGCGGCGGCCUCGGCCAUCUCCAUCACCUCCAGCGACAGUGAAUGUGACAUCUGAGAGCUCUCCGGCUCAACUCUUGAUGAAUGGAAGCAGCGAAAAGGGGCGAUGAACGAGUGAAAGACAAUCGAAUACAACGACUCAUAGUGCCUGCGUUGCGUUACACACACAUACAUGCAAACACGCACAUACACAUGUAGACAUGGAUAUCAGACGCCUGCCAAAACCAUGCAAGGAUCUGUGAGGCCUCUAUACUUUUAUUUGCAUUUGACCCUUGGAAGACUGAUAACUCCCCCAUUGAGAAGGAUAAAAAAAAGAAAGUAUAGAGAGCGCCUAUAACCUACCGUAUUUCAUGUUGAGAAAGAACUGUGCUAUUUUUACGUUUCUUUCAAAAGUUUUAUAAAUAAUGUUUAUUUGCCUAUUUAAACGCAUCUGCUCUGUCUUUUUGGAUUUCAUCUUCAUUCGCUUGGUGUUUUUUAAUACUUUACCUUGUGCACAGGUGGACCUGUUGAGCAUGCGCGCUUUAGUGACAAUGUACUAUAAGUCAAAGGGAACAAGUAACUUAAUAAAAUAAUUGUGGAUCGAGAGA